ACCUGGGGAAACUGAUCUGCGGUACGCACCUGUUCAUCACGAUGAAGCUGAUCCUCUCUCUGACUCUCAUCUGGGCGCUCUCCAGCACAGCUGGAGCACUCGUGUGUCAAACCUGCUCAAAUCUACAGUGCUCAAGCACAGUCCCAUUCACAUGUACCUCGGAGACGAUGUGUGUCACGGCUUCCGCUCUAGUCAAUGUGUCUGGAACCGCAGUGCAGCAAAUCAUCAAGGCAUGUGCAUCAUCCGUCCUGUGUCCAGCUGCAGGCAACCAGACAUUUUCAGAGACCACAGGUUUUUCAAGUACAGUUAUAUCUGCUCUGUGCUGCAGCACAGAUAACUGCAACUCAGACACUCUACCUUUCCCAGCUGUUCCGUCAAAUAACAGCCUACAGUGUUUCACCUGUGACUCACCCUUUGCCACUGAAUGCACCACUCGAAUAAAUUGUAGGGGAGUGGAGGACCGCUGCUUUCAAACGACUGUAAUGGUUGGGUCCAACAGUACUUCAGUCUUUGGCUGUGCAUCUCGGAAUGCGUGUGCUGCUGCUGCCAACCUGGAAAACCUCCUUGCGAUGCAAAACAUCGCUAACAUCACCAGUGAAACAAACUGCUGUACGACCAACUUGUGUAAUUCUGUGACAACAGUAACUGCCAGUAGUGGCAUGAUCCAUCUGCUGCUGGGACUCCUUGUCUUUACUUUCUAUUAGAACAUAGAAAAAAAUGGACAAAGCACCUUUGAAGCCACCAGGACUCUGAAAAAACUUUUUGAAGUCUGGACUUGGGUUUGCUGCUCACUGCUGUCUUUAGUUGGCAGUUACAGGAGCCAGAGAAUCCAAAUUUAGGAAAAAGGGGAUGGAGUCUGGGCGAAGCUGAGGUGGGGUAAGAAGGCACAGAUGUAUUAGAUAUGUGACCACACCACGGAGGGAAAAUAAUUAUAAACUGUACUAAUAUCAAGGUUGUAGGUUUGGUUUCGUCUUUGGAUGAGACACUUUUUAUCAGAUUGUCACUUGUUCUUUAUCUCUUUACUUUAAUUCAUAUGCACACAUAUGCACAUGCAAUUAAACAUGUGUUUGCUGAUAUAACUUGCUUAAAACUGAACUUGUAUAAUGAUUCUUUGUAUGAUUUUAAACAGAUAUAUUGUCUAGAAACUAACCAUAAUCUUGAUGUGAUUGAUUUUCAAGGAAAUGUUACAAGACAAUAAAUGUGUGAAACCCUGAA